AUUAGAACAUAGUGUACAUUGGAACAUUUGAAACCUGACACCUGGGGGGCAGGGGGCUGUAGUAUUGGAUAGUUCGGAGGUGUUGAAGAGUGUCAGUACAGCCACCUCCUCUUCUAGGAUCCACUCCCAUCUGGACCGCUGUCUGCAGGACAGAUUCCCUGUCCGACGUAGUCCUUCAGAGGCGGUUUUUGGACAUGGACAUCCUUCUGGUCUUGGUUCUUCAGCUGCUGGCUGUGCCUGUAUUUACUCAAACGAAUCCCAGCCAUGACAUCUGGGGGGAUUAUGGCGCCUAUGGGCCAUGCAGUCGAACCUGUGGGACAGGAAUCUCUGUAAGAACCAGGAAGUGCAUCACCCAAAGGACGGAUGGAGGUCAUAAUUGUGUGGGAUCAUCCAAAUCAUACCGCAUCUGUAACUCACAGGAAUGUCCUAUAGGAUCCAGGGACUACCGAGAAGAACAGUGCGCAGAGUUUGACAGACUGGCAUUCCAGGGAAAAAGUCACUCAUGGGUGCCUUACCAUGGAGCUUCCAAUGUGUGCGAGCUGCACUGUGUCCCCAAAGGAGGAAACGUCUCCUACAGACAGAGGGCCGCGGUGGUGGACGGGACUCCCUGCCGUGAGGGACGCCGUGGCAUCUGUGUGGAUGGGGCAUGCAGGCCAUUGAUCCACGGAGAGUUCCUGGGCUUGGACCAAGACGUGCAGCAGCCUGUUGUCUCCUCGGCGCCGGCCCCUGUGGCUCCUCAUCUAAGGGACACGCAAAUCUACGCCUACACCACCGGCGUGUACGGGGCCUGCUCAGUCAGCUGCGACGGAGGCAUGCAGUACCGCAGUUUGCAAUGCGUGCUCCAGGACCCGCUGAACCCGCGCACGGUGGACGAGACCUACUGCAUUGCCCGAGUGCUGCAGAGGCCGGCGUGCCAGCAGGCCUGCAACAUGCAACCAUGUGCCGCUGCUGAGUACAGUGUCUCCGUCUUCAGUGGGUGCUCGGUGACGUGUGGAGAAGGCCAGCAGACCAGGGACGUCUUCUGCGCGGGUCCUUCUGGGGAGCACCUGGCCGACCACGCUUGUAGUGGCCUGCAGCGCCCCCCGGCCUUCAGGCCCUGCCACAGGUCCCGGUGCCCCCUCCACAUCACCUGGCAUGUUGGUGACUUUGGCCUGUGCACCACGAGCUGUGGUGGGGGCGUCAGAGACAGGCGGACGGGGUGCUAUGAUACAGACCUCAACCCCUUUCCAGAGCACAGGUGUGGAUCCACCGGAAGUCCUGUCGCCAUGGAGUCAUGCAACACGCAGCCCUGCCCAGAAGCCCAGAGGGUCCCAAGUAUGCAGGGCACAAUAGCCAAUGAAAGCCCUUCAAGAGGACUGGUGCCUUACAUCCCAGGAGAGCAGUUGGCUCCAAGACCACGUGAGAGCAUCACUGUGGUCGGAUCCCCCUGUCAGCAGUCACGAUAUGGCUGCUGUGCGGACGGACACACUACUGCCACUGGCCUUAGGAAUAGGGGAUGCCCCGGUGGUGACUGCGUUCGCACCAGGUACGGCUGUUGUAUAGAUGGGAUAACUGCUGCUCAAGGGUUUGGAAGGGCAGGAUGCCCUGAGUACCGGACCUCAGUGCCGCCAUCUCCCUCCGCCAUUCCAUCAACUGGAGAUAUCUGCUCCCUGCCCAGGGAGGAGGGUCCCUGUGACACCUGGAUGGUUCGCUUCUACUAUGACUCCGGUGUGGGGAAAUGCACAGAUUUCUGGUAUGGAAGUUGCCAGGGCAAUACCAAUAACUUUGCCUCACUGGAAGCCUGUCAGAGAAAGUGUGGGAAACCAUCGCUAAGGGCGAUCCCGCAUGCAGGCCCAACCUCUCGGAGAGCUAUGAGAACAAGGAAGUGAACUCUCUGAAGGGCUGAAGGGAAGUGAAACCCUGAUGCACAAAUAAAUCACAGAUGAGGAUGUAUAAGGAUGAUGUGUUACUUUGAUAAGACAUGUUUGUACCAAUCAUCAUAACCAUUGUCUUGUGGAAAUUGCAUUAAACGGAAAAAGACAAUUUUUCACGUUGA